CAAGUAACAGUUUCCCAUUUCUCUCUUCAGUCCCACCUUGAGCAAAGCAGACAUGGCCGGCCAACAUCCAGAUCGAAAUCCAAAUCCGGCCGCCAAUGCCUAUGACCGCCCCAGAGUUGUCCUCGAUCCAGACGGCACGUUCCCGCGCCUCCUCGACGAUCCAAAGACCCCAGCCGUGCCCGAUCCCGACCAGCCCUUCGCCGUCCGCACCAAGGACGUCCCAAUCAACCCCACCCACGGCACUUGGGCCCGAAUCUACUUGCCUCGCCCACCGUUACCGCCGGACCAAAAACUGCCGCUCAUCGUGUAUUACCACGGCGGCGGGUUCGUGUACUUCUCGCCGUCCUCCACGAGAAUCCACGAAUUCUGCUCCCUCAUUGCGGCGAAGCUCUCUGCCGUCGUCGUCUCCUCCAGCUACCGCCUCGCUCCGGAGAACCGCCUCCCUGCGGCGUACGACGAUGCCGUGGAGGCCCUCUGCUGGGUCAGGACAGCCACGGAGGAGUGGCUGCGCGAGCGCGUUGACUUCUCGCGGUGCUUCCUGAUGGGCACGAGCGCUGGGGGGAACAUCGCGUACCACGCGGGCCUGCGCGCGAGCGCCGCCACGGUUGAUCUAGAGCCGUUGGUGAUCAGAGGGCUGAUCUUGCACCACCCCUUCUUCGGUGGGUCCCAGAGGACCGAGUCGGAAACAAGGCUGUUCAACAACCCUGUCCUGCCCGUAAACGGGACGGACCUGAUGUGGGAGCUGGCCCUGCCGGCCGGCGCAGACCGGGACCACGAGUAUUGCAACCCAAUGGCUGGGGAUAGACUGGAGGAAUGGGGGAGGAUGAGAACGUUGGGGUGGCAAGUGGUGGUGGCGGGCGGCGGCGGAGAUCCUUUGAUAGAUCGGCAGAGGGAGUUGACGGCGGAGCUGGAGGCGAAGGGGGUGCAGGUGGUGGGCUUUUUCGGCGGCGAAGGCGAUUCUCAUGCGGUGGAGAUGAUGGAGCCGGCUAAGGCAGAGUUCUUUCUCGAGAAACUGAAAGGCAUAGUUUGAGCUGGCGGCUCAGCUAGGCCGGUGGCCGGGGAAGGGAAGAUAAACGGCGGUCAGAGGGGGAGUGCCCGGUGCGCGCGGUGGUUUGUCUCUUUGCCUUCGUUUUCAUUGACGUUGUCUUUGUGUCUUGUUUCUUUUUUAGAUUAAUAUUAUUGUUAAUGUCACCCAUUAUUAUAAUCCGCGCAAUAGAAAUCUAUCAAAUUAUAAGUCAUCGAUCGAAUGAAAACGACCUUCUAUCUUGUAAGAAAGUGAAGACGAG